AUGGCUUCUCUUCAGAUUCUCUACCAGCCCCAAGCUGUUAUGCAUGUCCUAAUUCUGUGCUUAAUUCUGGAGAUUGCCUCUGGUCAGGAUAAGAGGAACAAUCUACUUUCACUAAAUUUGAAAGUUUCUUCAAUGAACAAGGCAAAUGAAUUUACAAUAACACUUACAGUUACAAAUAAUGUGAAUAAAUGCAUGGUGGUGAAAAUCAGUAUCGAGGACAAUCCAAACAUCAAAUAUCUUUCUGCUAAAGCAACUUACACUGCUUGCAUUUGUACUGUUAACAACUACUUCUGGGAUAUUCAAGUCUUUGCAAAUACUGUUUUACAAGGCAAAGCAGAAGUUGUUCCAGCUAAAGACAUAUGUCCUGAUGGUGAAAACAUAUAUCCAGUAACUUCUUAUAAUGAGACAGUUAAAAGUGAAAUCCUUGUAAUAUCAUGA